CCUUUUUGUUCUGCAUCAUGAGAGUCUAACAAUUUGCAAAAUAUUUCCUUGAUUUAAAACAGAAGGAUGUGAAAAAAGGAUUAAAAAAAGGAUUUUUUUUUUGGGAAUCGACUCCUAUUUCUUAAAUACUCGCUUGGCGACGAAUCGAUUCCAUUUUUGGUCUCGGCUCUGAGUCGGUUCGCAGGAGCCGCCGGAUAAAACAACGUGUGUUUUGCAGCUCAUUUGUAUCAAACGGUGAAAUCAGAAAUCUAAAAACGCUCCAAUAAAGAAUUGAAGGAGAAGUGAAGGAUUGGAAUGAUUAGUGUUAGAUGUUAAUAAGCCGAGAUGGAAGGAGAGAAGAUGUUUCUCCAGUGGAAGCAGCAGGGGCUGAACAAACUGGACCUGAGUAAGAAGGGUAGUGUAGAUGAGGACAUUAACACUGUGGUCUCCUUCCUAAACCUCUCUGAUCAGUAUUUCACCACAAGCUCGUGUUCUGGAAGAAUCAUCCUGAUAGAUGGGGUGUCGGAUUGUGCUGAAGUGCAAAAGCAGAAUUGUUCCUGGCUCUUUGUCACGCAUAAGAAGUGUACGAAAGACGAAGUGAUGGCUGGUUUGGAGAAAUCCUCAGGAGACGCAGUAUUUAAGUUCGAACCUUGUGUUCUUCAUGUGCAAUGCAAACGACUGGAGGACGCACAGCUCCUGCACUCUGUGGCGAUAAACUCCGGGUUCAGGAACUCUGGAGUGACGGUCGGAAAGAAAGGCAAAAUCAUCAUGGCUGUUCGCAGUACCCACUGUCUCGAGGUUCCUCUCGGCCGUCAGGGGAAAGUCCUGGUUUCUGAAGAAUAUAUCGAUUUCCUCGUCGGAGUUGCAAAUAAUAAAAUGGACGAAAAUCUCAAGAGGAUCAAAAGGUUUUACGGGUGUCUGAGAUCUGCUCUGGAGCCCCAGGAGGAUACGAUGCGUGUGAAGGACGCAGAUGAGAAGGCUGUGUACAGACGGAGAAGGAGGAGAGAGCGGGACGGGGACGGGGACGGUGGAGGAUCAGACUGUAACAUCAGACAGCAGAGUGAGGGCGAACACAGCGACGAGCUCGAGUGUGAACUCACUGUAUUCUCUUAGCGGCGUUACGGCGUCACACGGUGCUGCGUGUCUGUAAAAACACUUCAGCAGCCGUUUUAUUAAGAUUAUUAUUAUUUUAUUGUACAUUUUUCCUAAUUUUAUACGAAAUCGUUACGAUGCAGGUGUUUAGUGUGUAAAAUAUAGAAGAAUAAAACCUGUGCUUGUGGUUUUA